CUGCCGGCGCGCUACGGGGCUGCCGGCGCGCUACGGGGCUGCCGGCGCGUCAGUGCUCUGGGCUAAGGUAGCUGGGGCCGAGUUGGGGGGCGGGACGUGCGGCGCUAUGGCCGAGGGCAGCGGGGAAGUAGUAGCAGUGCCCGCCACCGGGGCUGCCAACGGCCUCAACAAUGGGGCCAGCGGGCCCUCGGCGCAGACUAACAACCCGCUAUCGCGGAAACUGCGUAAAAUCCUGGACACACGGCUGGACAACGACAAGGAGAUGUUGGAAGCUCUCAAGGCACUCUCAACCUUUUUUGUUGAAAAUAGUUUGCGCACUCGAAGAAAUUUACGUGGAGAUAUUGAACGCAGAAGUUUAGCCAUCAAUGAAGAGUUUGUAAGCAUUUUCAAGGAAGUGAAGGAAGAACUUGAAAGCAUACAUGAAGAUGUUCAGGCAAUGAACAGCUGUUGUCAAGAUAUGACAUGUCGCCUACAGGCAGCAAAGGAACAGACUCAAGAUUUAAUAAUAAAAACCACUAAGCUUCAAGCUGAAAGUCAAACAUUAGAAAUAAGAGCGCAAGUUGCAGAUGCCUUCUUAUCCAAGUUCCAGCUGACUUCUGACGAAAUGAGUCUUCUCCGAGGUACAAGAGAAGGACCUAUCACUGAGGAUUUUUUCAAGGCAUUGGGAAGAGUAAAACAGAUUCAUAAUGAUGUCAAAGUUCUCUUGCGUACAAACCAACAAACAGCAGGUUUAGAAAUUAUGGAACAGAUGGCCUUGCUUCAAGAAACAUCUUAUGAAAGACUUUACCGGUGGGCUCAAAGUGAAUGCAGAGCAUUGACACAAGAAUCAUGUGACAUAUCUCCAGUACUGACUCAGGCAAUGGAAGCCCUGCAGGAUAGACCUGUCUUAUAUAAGUAUACCUUAGAUGAGUUUGGAACAGCUAGAAGAAGUACAGUUGUUCGUGGAUUUAUCGAUGCUCUUACAAGAGGGGGCCCAGGAGGUACACCUAGACCCAUUGAAAUGCACUCCCAUGACCCUUUGAGAUAUGUAGGAGAUAUGUUGGCUUGGCUCCAUCAGGCUACUGCUUCUGAAAAAGAACACCUUGAAGCUCUCUUAAAGCAUGUAACUACACAAGGUGUUGAAGAAAAUAUUCAGGAAGUUGUUGGACAUAUUACUGAGGGUGUGUGCAGGCCCCUAAAGGUUCGAAUUGAACAAGUAAUAGUUGCUGAACCUGGGGCAGUUUUAUUAUAUAAAAUUUCUAACCUCCUCAAAUUUUAUCACCAUACUAUCAGUGGCAUUGUUGGAAAUAGUGCAACUACAUUGUUGACUACCAUUGAAGAAAUGCAUUUGCUGAGCAAAAAAAUAUUCUUCAGUAGCUUGAGUCUUCAUGCCAGCAAAUUAAUGGACAAGGUUGAACUCCCACCACCUGAUCUUGGACCAAGUUCUGCAUUAAAUCAGACACUCAUGUUGUUGCGUGAAGUUUUGGCAUCUCACGAUUCUUCAGUUGUACCAUUAGAUGCCCGUCAGGCCGACUUUGUGCAGGUUUUAUCAUGUGUCUUGGAUCCUCUCCUCCAGAUGUGUACUGUAUCAGCCAGCAAUUUAGGCACAGCUGACAUGGCCACCUUCAUGGUCAAUUCACUGUAUAUGAUGAAGACAACAUUAGCUCUAUUUGAAUUCACCGACAGACGUCUGGAAAUGCUACAGUUCCAGAUUGAAGCACAUUUGGACACACUUAUAAAUGAGCAAGCUUCUUAUGUUUUAACUAGAGCAGGCGUGAGUUAUAUCUAUAACACCAUACAGCAACAUAAACCCGAACAGGGCCCUUUAGCUAAUUUUCCCAACCUAGAUUCUGUGGCACUGAAGGCUGCAAUGGUUCAGUUUGAUCGCUAUUUGUCAGCCCCAGACAACCUGUUAAUGCCACAGCUGAACUUUCUUCUAAGUGCCACAGUGAAAGAGCAGAUCAUAAAACAGUCUACAGAAUUAGUCUGCAGAGCCUAUGGUGAAGUGUAUGCAGCUGUGAUGAAUCCAGUCAAUGAAUACAAAGAUCCAGAGAGCAUUCUACACCGAUCGCCGCAGCAAGUGCAGACACUUCUCUCCUGAUUGUCUUAGAAUGUGUUAGCAAAACAUUGCAUUCCUAAAAUACUGAAGGUUUUCUUGGUUUUUAGUCUGUUAAUCUUUACUUUGAAAUUUGAUGGUUACAGUUUUCUUUGUAUCAUAAGAAUGCAGCUCCCAAUAAUUGCUUUGCUUUGGUCACAGUAAAGUGAAAGUAAGUAACACGUGUUGACCUGAGUUGGCAUUGCUCUGUGUCUGCACUCCACGUCUCUCCAGCUCUGCAGUUCCCCUCAAUUCUGGAAUAUAAAUAUGUGGGAAAAGAGUAGUAUGAGAGGUUUGAGGGAUUUUUCUUUUUUACAAGAUUAGUUCUAAAUUAACUGUACAUUAAAAAAUUAUCUAAACUUAGGAAUUAGUUUGAAGAUAGGACCUAAUAAAUAUCUCUUUACUUAAAGAUUCAUUUGCUUUUUUGCUAGAUAUUGUGAGUAGGUAUACUUAAACUGAGGAGCAGAAAUGUGCAUUCAGCAAAAAUAGGAAAAGAGAGAAGUAAUUUAAAGGUGGCUUCUACUCUGUGUCUGCCCUAGACUGAAUUCAAGGCGAAGUUCGGCACUUCAUAUGGGAUGUAGGCAUCCUGUGCUGCAUGUAAAUCUAGUGUCUAAAAAAGAAUACUUGUGGUACAAUGCGGACUCUAACUUCAACACACUUUGGUGUUCAAACCAAAGAAAUAAGGUAUACUCUAACCCUGCAGGAAAAAGGCCAGAGUAGCGAUUGCUAAUUGACGUUAUGUCUAGCCUUAUGGUGGCCCCUUGUUUGGGCUCUGACUUUAGAACCGUACCAAGAGUAAGAUUCAAAAUCACUGUUUUUGUUUUUGUUUUUUAAAAAAAAAAAUCUAAAUGUGUUUGAUGUGACUUGACUUUGACUUUGUUGGUAAGACUUUGAGGACAGAUUUUUAUUAGCAAAAUAUCUUAAUUUCUGGGCUUCCCUGGUGGUGCAGUGUUUGGGAGUCCGCCUGCCGAUGCAGGGGACACGGGUUCGUGCCCCGGUCCGGGAAGAUCCCACAUGCCGCGGAGCGGCUGGGCCCGUGAACCAUGGCCGCUGAGCCUGCGAGUCCGGAGCCUGUGCUCCGCAACGGGGGAGGCCACAACAGUGAGAGGCCUGCGUACCGCAAAAAAAAAAAAAAAUCUUAAUUUCUGGUAAAUCCAUAAAAUGAGCUAAGUCUCUAAAUUAUAUGCGAGAAAAUGAGACAUAAGGAAAAAAUUGACUAGGUUAAAAUAUUUUGAAAACUAGUAAGAUAAAAUUACUAUUUAUAUAGCAAAUACAGAAUAUAUAACAAAUUAGUAUUUACAGAACAUGGUGUGUUCAUCUAUCUGAAAUAUGAUUUUUUUGGAGCAAGAGUGAUUGAUUAUAUAUCAUCUCUUUUGGUAUUUAAUCUGUAUUUUUAGUCUUUUUCCUUCAAUGAGUAUAUGUGAUAUAUAAAAGAUAGAAAAUAAAGUAUGAUAUAAAUCAAGAGCUUAAAUUUUAUAUAAUUUAUAUCUACUGUGAGAAAAGAUUGCUUACUUACCAUUAGUGAAUUCCUUUGAUUUCUAGGAAAAAAGUAUAGUUUUUUACUUAAUUUUUUCAAAUAAAAUAUUAAACUGUUUUUAGAGUAGCAAUCAUUGCAGUAUUUUUAUACAUUGCAUCAGUGUGUUUUUAGAAAAUAUGCUAAUAGGAAAGAAAAUACAAUAUAGGGCCAAAUUGAGAUAAGCAAUGGAAGAUUGAUGAGCAGAAUGUGGUAUCAGUGUGAUCUUGAAAACUUAAUUAAAAUAAAUGAUUGUAAGUGUUAAUUCAUUAGCUUAACACUGCAUUUGCUAUUUACUUCGUAGUUUGCAUCUUGAACUGUUUUGAGAUGGCGUAAGUAUAACCUUAGGUAAUGCGUGUCAGCCUUUCCUUCAGAGAGAAAAGGUAUUUGCCUGACCAAAACCCUCUCUGGUUGGACGUUUCCAUUUCUUUCUUUGUGCUUGUACUUGGAACAGGUGAAUGUUAUCUGAGAAAAAUCACACAAAUAGACUGAUUGACUUUUUAAAUUCAUGAUCACAGUCUUCAAAUGGCACUCAAUAUUGCUUUGUAGUUCUACUCUGUCUCUGGUAAACUCACCUCCCCACUUUUCAAGAUGACUUUUCCACCCUCACUUAGUUAAUGACCUUCAUAAUUCAUUGAGAAAACAGCUGGUAGGCUAAUCUCCUGCAUUUUUCUACCCUCAUAUAUUGCACUCAUCUUCAUCUUUCCUCCUUUUGUGCUGGAGACAGUGUCCCUCUUCCUGUGACAGACUGUUCCCUUCCUCUGGACUCUGGAUUCCAUUCUCUCACCUUCUCAGAGACGUUUCUGAGUUAUCCCUCUCUUUUGCUUCAGCAACUUGUGACUUCUCUGUAGGAUUAUUCUCGACAGCAUACACAGUGCUCUAGUGUUGAUAGUAUUUUUUAAAACUUUCCACCUCCCAGAUCCUCACACCUCCAUUUCUCUGCUGCUUUUUUUAAUGAUCGUCUAUGCAUGCUGUCUUAAAUUUCUGCUGCCGUUAUGUCUUAAAUUAGCCCCAUAUGGCUUCAGCAUCACCACUACAACACGACUAACCCUGAUGAGCUCUCCAUAGUAUUAUAUGUUGUCAAAUCCAAUGGAUUCUUCUCAUUCCUUAUUUUAUUAAACUUUCAAUAGCAUUCCACACACUUAUGUCUGAAAUACUAUACUUCCUAGGCUUUCACAGCACAACUUUCUGCUAGUUUUCCUUCCAGUUCAUUAGCCAAACCCCUCUCAACCUCCUUCCCUGGUUCUUUUGCCUCUUUGUGACCUUUAAAAGUUCGCAUACUCUAGGGCUUGAUCCUCAAUUUUUUUCCCUUGCCUUAGGAGUUUUUUAUUAUCUCACUACAGCCUGGCCUUUUCUGACUGCUAUUAGCUCACGUCCUUAGGUCUAUCCAUAUAGUGGAAUACUCUACAGUAGUGAAAAAUGAAGUAAUUUCCAAAUACAUAAUGUCGAACAAAAAAAAAAUUACAGAAUAAUAUAGUAUGAGUCCAUUUAUAGAAUUAAAAAAAGAUAAAACAAAUUUAUACAUUCAUGGAUACACAUAUGGUAAAGCUAUAAGGAAAUAUAGGAAAUGAUGUGGAAUUCAAGAUUAUCUCACAGGAUCUUUAGAAGUUACUAAUGUUCUGUUCUUACAAUGGAGUGUUGGUAUAUGUAUAUUCAUUUUGUUAGUUUCUAAAAUUUACAUAUAUGUGACGUGAACUCUUGUCUAUAUAUUCCACAAUUUUAAAAAGAGUUUUAAAAAAUUGUUUAACACGGCCUGGGAUAAAGUUAGAACUCAGUAUGUGUUAGCUAAUAUUUUUCAUUGUGCUUGUUAUUAAACACAUUUAUUAAGUCCCAACUGGGGCAGGCUCUGUGAUAAGCAACAAGGUUUUAAAAGACCACUAAAAUGUGCUUCUGUCAUUGAAUUCCCUGUCUUGCACAGAUAUCACAUGUAUUAUAAGUAGACACAAUGCAGUUUGAUAGGGCGUUUGUGCAUGUAGGUAAGAGGAAAAAAUGAACUAACAUCAUUUUUUAUGAAAGCCACAUGUAUGUACUUGGAGUUGAAGAGGCUGAGAGCAUAGAAAAGAAAGUUUUAAAACACAACCAUACAUUUUAAAUUCUUUGAUGAUCAUAAUGACUGGGUUACAUUAAUUAGCUAUUUGAUUAAGAUGCAAAAUUGUCUUACAGGUUGGGGACAUCAACAAAAACAUUGGAUUAAGGAAUUCCAAAAUUCUGCCUCUCCCUAAAAGAAACAAUAAAACUGGCCUUCAAAAACUGUCAAGAUCAACUUUUUCAGAACGCUAGAAACCAACUAAAAGCUAAUAGCAGUUAGAUUGUGCUUAUUAAAAAACUAAGCAAAACAAGCUGAGUCUCGGCAUGCUUUGUGGUAUUUUAACUUAGGCUAGUCCUAUGCUUUGCUCCCAAACUCAGCAAUAGCCUUGAAAAUAGCAUCCCACGCUUCCUAGUACUGGAGAAAGCAGAAUGGACCAGGUUUGCAAAGAUUGUCCUUACUUGACAUGUCUCGUGCCUCCCUGGGAGACCCAUUUGAAAAGCUUAUUUUUCUCUUGCCUAACUUGGAACUUGCCCAGGGCUAAAGCCACUACCCAGGGGGAGGGGCCAGUUGAGGGGAGGGGCCAGUUGAGGGGAGGACACUUCUCUGCUGCCUGAAGUUAGGACAAAUGGUAGACUAAGGUAAAAGCUUGGGAAGAAAAGUUAGAAAUGAAAUAAUAAGGGUUUUGAAACACUCUGACAUAUUCUUGGCAAUCUAGAAAUCUAGUGCACAUGUCUAGCACUGUGCAUGCUCAAGAAGGACCAGAAAGACCCUAAGCACUCACCUCUGGGUAACCUUGAGGCUUUGUGGAAGCAGAAAGUGAAGGCUGAAGCAAAGUUAGGAGCUACCUGGCUGAAUGUUGAAGGAAUGCCCCAACUCUCACACACAACAUCUCAGCAAAGACUGGGAGUUUUUUUGGUUCCAGACAUUGAAAUAUCUGUCCAGUUAUUAGCUGACAACUAAGCUAAUGGACCACUUUAACUGGUCACGCACAACAAAGAAUAUAGAUUUUACAAAAUUAGUUCAGGAAGGUCACUGAAACAUGCAAUAACAACCACGAAAGGCACCAACAGCAGACUCUGAGGGAUGGGGUGAGAAAAUCUGAUUUCCCAACAGAAUGGGCACAUCAUAAUAUUAAAAAUGCUCAUGCUUCAAGAAGAAAAAAGCAAGGUGCUCAAAGUAUGGCCAAUACACAGAAGGAAAAAAAAAACAGUCAAUAGAAGCUGUCCCUGAGUAAGCCCAGAUGUUGGACUUACUAGGCAAAAGACUUUAAAACAUCUCUUCUAAAUAUGUUCAAGGGCUGAAAGUAAGUAUGAGAACAAUAUCUUACCAAAUACAGAAUAUCAAUAAAGAGGUAGAAAUUUCAAAAAGGAUGUUUUUAUAGUUAUAAAUUUAUAAUCAUAAAAAUAAUUUAGUUAUAAUUUUAUAAAAAUUACAGAAAAGAAACUUCUGCAGUUGAAAAGUGUAUUAACUGAAAUGAAAAAUUCACUAUAGGAGUUCAUCAGAUUUGAGCAGGCAGAAAAAAGUAUCAGCAAACUUGAAGAUAGGUCAAUUGAGAUUAUCCAGUCUGAGGAACAGAAAGAAAAGAAUGAAAGAGAAUGAACAGAACCUCAGAGACCUUUGGGAUAUUAUCAACAAUAUUCACACAAUGGGAGUCUCAGAAAGAAAAAAUAGGGAGAAAAGGACCAAAAGAAUAUUUGAAGAAAUAUUGGCAGGAAACUUUACAAAUUCGAUGAAAACCUUAACAUACACACUCAAAUUCACCAAGCUCUAUUGUAGGAUAAAUUCAAAGAAAUACACCAAGACACAUCACAAUCAAACUAUCAAAAGGCAAAGACCAAGAAGGAAUCUUGAAAGCAAGAGAACUCAUCAUUUGCAAGUGAUCCCCAAUAACACCUGAUUUCUCAUCAGAAACCACAGAGGCCAGAAAGCACUGGAUGACAUAUUCAAAAUGGUGGAAGAGCAGCUGUUAGAAUUCUAUAUCCAGCAAAACUGUGAAAAUAUAGGAGAAAGUAAGACAGUCUAAGAUAAAAAACAAUCAUACCAUACAUGAAUGUUUAAGGGUUCUUGAGGCUGAAAUGAAAGGGUACUAGACAGUAACUCAAAUUAGCAAAGAAAUAAAGAAUAGCAAGGAAAUACAAUAUAUGGGCAACCCUAUAAACCAACUAGAUUUAAUAGACAUCUACAGAACACCCCAUCCAGCAACAGAGUAUACAGCCCUCUCAUGGGCACAUGCUGAAUUAUCUAAGACCACAUGUUAGACCACAAUACAAGUCUCAGUAAAUUUAAAAAGAUUAAAGUGUGUUCUCCAGCCACAAUGACAUGAAAUUAGAAAUCAAUAACAAAAGGAAAUUUUGAAAAUGAAUAUGUGGAAAUUAAAUAGCAUACUCUUAAAUAACCAAUGGGUCAAAGAAGAAAUAGGGAAAUUAGAGAAAACUUCGAGAUAAAAGUUUCGUAUUAAACAGCAUAUCAAUUCUUAUGGGAUACAGCAAAAACAGUGCUCAGAGGGAAAUUUAUAGACUACAUUAAAGAAAGAUAAAUUUAAAACCUACCUUUAUACCUUAAAAAACUAGGAAAAGAAAAGCAAACAACUGAAAGCAAGAAGAAGGAAAUAGUAAAGAUUAUAGCAGACAGAAAAAAUAUAGAAUAGAGAAGUAACUUAUUUCAGCAAAUGGAUGUGCUAACCAUUCUGUAAUGCAUGUACAGAUGUGUUUGAGUACACAUGUAAAAAAGAUGUUUCAAAAAUUGUUUCUUACACAGCAUGUUGAAAAGAGUGUUAUUUCUGAGAAUGUAUGGGCUGACCAUUGUGUAAUGCAUGCAGACAGGUGUUUAAAGACAUGUAAGAAGAAGUUUCUAGGAGUGCUCCCUGCUCAUUGUGUUAAGAAUAAUGUUAUUUCAGUUACUGGAUGUGCUGACCAUUCAGUAUUGCAUGUAGAGAGGUGUUUAUAUAUUUAAAAAUAUAAAAUAGGAAAAUACAGAACAGAAAAGUUGGUUUUUUGAAAAAAUUUUUUAAAAAAUUGACUACCCUUUAGCUGGACAAAGAAAAAAAAGACAAAAUUACUAAAAUCAGAUAUGAAAAGAAGGGACAUUACUACCUCACAAAAAUAAAAAUGAUAACAAUACUACAAAUAAAUACAUGUCAACAGAUAAUAUAGAUGAAAUGGACAAAUAUUAAAAAAACAAACUAAACUGACUCAGAAAGAAAUAGAAAAUCUGAAUAGACCUAUAGCAAAGAGACUGAGUCAAUAAUAAAAACACUUCUAAUUUUUAAAAAAGCCCAGGACUAGAUGUCUUCACUGGUGAAUUCUACCAAAUGUUUGAAGGAUUAACACUAAUUCUUAUCAAAUUCUUCCAAAAAAUAGAAGAGCAGGGAGCACAUCCUAACAUAUUCUAUGAGCCCAGUAUUUGUUAUUGGUAUGACGAAGCCAGAAAAGGCACCACAAGAAAACUACAGACCAAUAUCCUUUGUGAAUAUUGACACAAAAUCCUUAACAAAAUACUAGCGAACAGAAUCUAGCAACAUAUUAAAGGGUUAUAUACUAUGAUUAAGUGGAUUUAUUCCAGAUGCAAGGUCAGUUUAACAUGAAAGUUAGUCAAUGUACUAUACCAUAUUAAUAGAAUAAAUGAAGAAAAAAAUGCAUGAUCACCUCAACAGAUGCAGGAAAAUCUAACACCCUUUCAUGCUAAAAUAAAGAAACACUCAACAAGCCAGGAAUAGAAGAGAAUUUCUUCAACUGAAAGGACAUUUAUGAAAAACACACUGCUAACAUUGUACUUAGUGAUGAAAAACUGAAGACUGCCCCCUGCCAAGAUUAUGAACAAGAUAAAGAUGUACACUCUUGCCACUUCUAUUCCACAUUAUACCAGAAAUUCUAGCAGAGCAAUUAGGUAAGAAAAAAUUAAUUAAAGGCACACAAAUUGAAAAGGAAGAAGAAACCCUAUGUUUAUUUGCUGAUGAUUAUAGUCUAUAUAUAUUUUUUAUAUAUAUAUAUAAUACUAAAGAACAAAACUCAAAACUAUAAGAAUAAACAAUGUAGCAACAUUGCAGUAUACAAGAUCAGUAUGCAAAAGUCUGUUGUAUUUCUAAACAUUAGCAGUGAACAAUCUGAAAAUUAAAAAAACAAUUCCAUUUAUGGUAGCACCACAAAGGAUAAAAUACUUAGUAGAUUUAACCAAGGAAGUGAAAUACUUUUCCACUGAAAACUACAAUACCCUAUUGAAAGAAAUUAAAGGUGCCCUAAAUAAAUGGAAAGACAUUUCAUGUUCACGGAUUGGAAGACUAAAGAUUGUUAAGAUGGCAGUAUUCCCCAAAUUGAUCUAUAGAUUCAAUGCAACCUCUAUCAAAAUUCCAUCUGCCUUUUUGUGUUCCAGAAAUAGACAGGCUGAUUCUAAAAUUCAUAUGGCCAUACGAGGGACCUUGAAUAGCCAAAACAAUCUUGAAUCUUCCCAGUUUCAAAACUUGUUACAAUGCCACAGUAAUCGAAACAGUGUGAUAGAAGCAUAAGGAUAGACAUAUAGUUCAGUGGAACAAUUUAGAGUUCAGAAAUAGAUCCAUGCAUCCAUCAUCAACUGAUUUUUUACAAGGCUGCCAAGACCAUUCAAUGGGGAAAGAACAGUCUUUUUAACAAAUGGCACUGGAACAACUGGAAAACCACAUGGAAAAGAUUGAAGCUGGACCUAUAUCUCAUACCAUAUCCAAAAAUCAACUCAAAAUCAAAGAUCUAAAUGUAAAAGCUAAAAACUAAAACUCUGAGAAGGAAACAUAGGUGUAAAUCUUUGUGGCCUUGUAUUAAGCAACAAGUUUUCGUCUUUUAUACAAUAAUGGAUUUUUAAAUAAAAAUACAAGUAAAAGGUAGAGUCACAUAAUAAUGUUGAAUACUUGCAGUAGGUCAGUUUAUUCUUCCUAUUAGUUAAAUAUGCUGUUAACAAUUAUAAAUAGAUAGGCCUACAUAUGGUUACUUUUGGGCUAUAGUUGUAUUUAAGCACAACUAUUUGGAAAAUACAUACUUAUUCCUCCUCAGAGAGAAUGUGCUUUUGGAAAUGGAUAAUAUAAUUAUGUAUUUUUAUGGAUCCAAAUAUAAAACUACCAUAAAUUGGCUAUGAAAUGAAUGUAAUAAUCAUAUUAAUAACGGCAUGCCAGCCUAUCAAAUUCAACUAACAUUAAUGCCAGUGAAUAUUAAAAGAUAAAAACUUUCCUAGCACUGAUAAUGUAAUAAGUAAAAAUAAAUUGUACUAAGUUUAUAAAAAUGAGAUGAAUUGGGGAAAAAUUUUGAUAGGGCCAAAAAUAUCCAUAUGAAAUAUUUGCUUGCUCUGAGGGGAUAUAUCAUUUUUUGACAAAGUGUUUUGUCAUUGUGUAUUUUAAACAGGGAAAGUCCAAGCCAAUCUAGAGUUUUCAAAGUUUAUAGCUUGGCCACCAGGAAAUUAAUGUACUUGAGUAUGCUCUUUAUUUCCAUUAAUGUCAAGAUCUGAAAUUCCCCUGGAACAAGCAUUAGUUUUUUGCCCACUAACUGCAGAAUGACAAGGAGCAAGAGUGAUUUUCCUUAUGCAAGCCAUCAUCAAAAGUUGGGUCUCCUGUGUAGAGCCCAGCCUUUCUACGGGUGUCAUAUGUAUGAGCCUAGUCUGCAGGAUUCAGACAAGAGCUGGCUACUGUUGCUAGGCAGGCCUCUGAUGGAACAUAAAAUGGUAAUGGGGAUUGAGCUGAGGUAGAAAAAUGCACUUGCCUUAGAUGCCGCGUCUCAAAAAGGAAACCAAAGAUUUGAUUAAUAUUCCACAGACUUGUAAUAUGUAUUUAAUAGCAGAUCAGGAAUCUUUCUUGCUUAACAGCUGUAUUAGUUCCUUUUCAUAAACAAAGAUGUAAGCAAAGCAAGCAUUCGAAAGCCAAAAGGCUGUCGUUAAAAACAAAAGUCAACAACAAAAAGAAAAACAUCAAGGUACCCUGCUUUUAUUCUGCAUCUUACAAAGAAGAAAAUCACUUAUCCACUGAGUAGUAACAGGUUAAGGUAAUGAAUCAUACAAUAUUAAACCAUGAUGGAAUUUGCAGAAACCAAAAAUGUGCAAAUUCACUCUUAUGAUUUCCCGAAAGACGCUCUUUUUGCAAGUGGUAAAUCAUUAGCAGUGGUGUUGCUCUUGGUAACCGCAGGUCCUGAGGGAUGGUGCAGAAUUAGUAUUGCUUCCUACUUUCUGUGUGUCAUCAUGGUGGGGUGAGGCUAGUGCCAUCUCUGUCAUAUAUCUAAUUUCCACAUAUGUGGAUACAUUUCUGGAUCUUUGUUGCAUUCUUCUCAUGGGUGUAUUUAUUCCUGCACCGAUGACUGCUACUUGAAUUGUCAGAGCUUUAUAAUAAAUCUUAAUAUCAGGUAGGGUGUUCCAUUUUAUUUUCUUCACCUGGAGUGCUUUGGGCAUUCUUGGCUUUUAGCUAUUUCACUUAGGUUUUAGAGUCAACUUCAUAUUUCUCAAACAGCAGUUGGGAAUAUGGUUGUGAUUACUUUGAAUCUAUAUAUAAAUUUGGAUAGAAUGAAUAUCUCUAUGAUCUUAAAUAAUUCAAUUUGUGAACCUGUUGAAUUUUCCCUAUUUAUUCAGGGUAGGGUUAGUGUCCCUUAGAAAAACUUUUAUAAUUUUCUCCAUAUAAAUCUAAGAAAAUUUUGUUAUAUUUUUUUCCUAAGAAACUUACAAUUCUUGUUUAUAGUGUAAGUGGUAUCUAUUUUUAAGUUACAUUUUUAAAUUAUUGGUUGCUGUUUAUAGAAAUGGAAUUGAUUUUUGUGUGUUGAUUACAUUAGAUCCAAGCAUUAACUAACUUUUUAUUUCUGAUGAUUUUACUUUGGGUUUUCUGUAUAGACAUUUAUAUUAUUUGAGACUAGAUGACACUUUUGUUUCUUUCUUUGCAAUCUAUAAGCCCUUUAUUUCUUUCCCUUGCCUUAAUGUGCUGACUACAACCUCUAGCACGAUGUAACUAAUAGCAAUGAUAAUAGACACUUAAUUCUGAUUUUAAAGGUAAUGCUUGCAGUAUCUCACCACUAAGAAUUAGGUUUUUAGUUGAUUAAUCAGAGAGGAAGUUCUUUAUAUUCUUACAUCCUCUUAGUUAUUAAUUAUGAAUAAGUGUUGAAUUUUAUUAAGUGACUUUCAGAAUCUAUUGAGAUGUGCAUGUGGCUUUUUUCUUUUACUUUUUAAUCUGGUAAAUGACAUUUGUAUUUUUUCUGAUGAUAAAGAACUCUUGCAUUCCUGGGAUAAUCCUGAAUUGAUCAUGUUAUGUUUUCUUUUUGUAUAAACCACUGGAUUUAGUUUUGUUUAUUUUUGUAUGUUGACUAGUGACCUUGCUAAAUUUACCAAUUAAUUCUAAAUUUUAUCUGUAGAUUCUUUUGUAAACUUUAUCCAUGCAUUCCAUCACAUAGUCGGUGAUUAAUGGGAGUUUUGAUUCUUCUUUUAAUUUUUCUAGCUCUAUGGUACUGUAUAAUGUUUAACCAGUAUGAUGUUACAGUGUUGAAUAGAAGCGGUGAGGGUAGUCACCCUUGUCACCCUUGACUACCCUUUAGAGGGUAGUCACCCUUCUAAAAUGUGGGGAAGGAGGGAAAGCUUUCACUAGUAGAUAUUUUGUAGAUAAGCUUUAUCAAAUUAAUAAAGUUCACUUCUGUUCUAAUUACUUUAAAUUAUGAAUGAGUAUUGAAUAUUAUCAAAAAAUUUUUUUUCUCUAUUUAGAUAACCAUAUGGUACCCCUCCCCAUUAUUUGCUUAAUGUGGAGAAUUUCAAAUGUCAAAAUAACCUUGCCCUCCUGGAAUAAAUCCAGUGGGCGUAAUGUACAAUCUCUUUUUAUAUAUCUCUUGAUUUGUUUUAUUAAUAUUCUAUUUAGAAUUUUUGCAUCAUGUUCAUGAGAGAUUGCUCUGUAAUUUUCCUUUUUUUUCAAUGUCCUUGUCAGGUUUUGGUAACCAAACCUCAUAAAACUAAGUGGGACGUGUUUUCCCUUUUUCUCUUGUCUGGAAUAGUUUGUGUAAAAUUGUUAUUACUUCUUCCUUAAAUGUUUAGAAGAAUUCCAGGUGAAACCAGCUUACCUGGUGUUGUCUUUGUGGAAAGGGUGUAAAUUGCAGGAUUAGUUUUAAAAAUAGAUAUAGGACUAUGCAUAUGGUCUAUUUCUUCUUGUGUUAGUUUUGAUGAAUUCUGUUUUUCAAGGUAUAUGUCCAUUUCAUCUAAAUGUAUUGUCAUCCUCUUAUCUUUUUUAAUGUCUGUGGACCUGGUAAUAGUAAUUUGUGUUUUCUUUAUUUCUUUUUUUGUUUCCUUCUUAGUCUUGCUAAGAGUUAUGGACUUUGCUAGUCUUGUCAGAGAAUCUGUUUUUGAUGUGAUUGAUUAUGUUUGUUUUCUAUUUUGUUGGGUUUUUUCCUUAUCUGUAUUAUAUCCUUCCUACUA